CAAACCCAAUCUCCACUUAGGAAAUCUUGAUUACGUUUAUUUCGUUAAUUAACACUAAAAAAUAAAUGUUGUCCAUGGCAGCGAGUUACGCACACCUUGAGGUCAAACAGAAGAAUCAGAAGGAAAAGAUGAAAAAGAGAGAAAAUAAGAGAAACUCCUCCGGCCACGAUGCGGCUCAUCCCCUCCCUGUCGAAACCUCUUCUGCCUCCGGAAGGAUUUCUAAUAAAAUAUAUCCUUCUCGUUUAUCUGAUGAACAAGUAGAGGUCAAGUCACAAAAGUGAAAUUCAAAGUCAUGAAAUUCUUAAAGAGGUUAUUCAAGUAUUUGUCCUUGUGUUAGCAUGUAAUUAUGUUAUCUAUGUAUGCGUGAUGUGUCUAAAUCGUAUCUUGGUCGUGUUUAUACUUUUGUGAAAGUGUGCUACUUUGCUAAUUUAUCUGUGUGUUAUUAUGUUAUCAAAUGUAAAAGAUUAUUCCAUUGACACACGCCAAUUACCUU